CCCUCUCCCAGAAAAAAGGGCAAAAAAAAAAAAAAAAAAAAAAAAGCCACGAGAACGAUAUGUCGUCUAGAUCCUUGUAUCAACGGCUAACCCCAUACUUUACGUCUCGAAUUCGGCAAAGCCACCGGCUUCUCAGCUCCAAUCAACCUCCUUCUUUUGAUGAUAUUCACAUGACUGAUAGUUGCAUCAAAAGAAUGAAAGAAUUACAAGCCACUGAAACAUCUAAAGAGGAAUUAAUGCUUCGGUUGGGUGUAGAAACUGGUGGAUGUUCUGGCUUCCAGUAUGUUUUUGAUUUGGAUCACAAAACCAAUCCAGAUGACAGUAAUUGCAGAGUUUUUGAGAGGGAAGGGAUUAAAUUGGUUGUUGAUAAUAUUUCAUAUGAUUUCUUAAGAGGGGCAACCAUUGAUUACGUUGAGGAGCUGAUUCGUUCUGCAUUUGUGGUGAGUACAAAUCCAAGUGCAGUGGGUGGAUGCAGUUGUAAAAGUUCAUUUAUGGUGAAACAGUAGUUUUCUUCAGUCCAUAAUUUGUUCAAUCCCUAACUUUUACUCCCAUAAUGGGCCAACAGGUCAUUUAGUUUUUUCCCUAUUGAUAUCUGGAUCGAAUUUUAUACUUGAUUCCUAAAUAUUUAGAUAAAUCCGAGUAUUUUUUACCUUUUCUUUGUUAAAUGGACUAGUAUUUUUUGUAUGAUAUUGCUCAUCUAUUGGAGAAGAAGCUGCUGAAUCUAUCAAUAAGAUAGUUUUCGUUCAGUCACAUUCCAUCUACAUAUGGUGAUAGUGAAUCAGCAUUUGCCAAUAGAACUGUUAUUCCGAAUUGCAAUUUAUGCUGUUGACCGGCCUAUGGAAAUAUGCGUAACAGGAGACAGAUUGAUUCUGAUAUUUACAAAAGUCCGAAGACAAUGGACAGGACAACUCAAUGUUUUCCCAGCUACUGUACUGUUGCCAUGGUUUUUUCACACUGUAAAACCAUAUCUGGAUGUCCUAAUGUUUCAUCAAUAAGUAGCACAAUAGUGCCUGCACCAAACUCUAUUCAUUUAGCUUGCUAACUGAUACUUGUGUAAUGGCCAUUUCUGUAUGGGGGAAUUAAAGAACUUGCAUAAAUGAAUAGCUGAUAUUUGAAUGAGA